AUGGCUUCCUCGGUGUCUGGCAAAGUCUUCAUUAUCACCGGGGGCGGGUCCGGAAUGGGCUUUGCCACUGCGACCCAACUCAUUGCUCGGGGCGCACACUUGUUUGUAUGCGAUGUGAAUGAGAAGGGUCUUGCCGCUCUCGUCGAGGGACUCAAUCUAGAGCAACAGAAGAGGGUUGUUACACACAGGGUGGAUAUCACAGACCGGGCAGCCGUCAGGUCAUUCCUCCAGUUGGCCAAGGAUAUAUUCGGCAGGAUUGAUGGCAUUGCGAACCUUGCAGGUACUGCAGGCCACAGACUUGGCCAUGAGGAAAUAUGGCAAAUUGACGAAAAGGAGUACCAGUUCAUCAUGGACGUUAAUGUCAAAGGGGUUUUCAACCUACUGAGCGAAGCGCUCCAUCCCAGUGUACUACAAGAGUCGGGCAGCUUUGUGCAUGCAGCGAGCAUGUUUGCAGACCGCGGAUUUGCAAAGGGAUCGGUCUAUAGCAGCAGCAAGCAUGCAGGUAUUGGCUUGGUCAAGAGCGCUGCGAUUGAAGCAGGGAAACGGGGUAUCCGGGUCAAUGCUAUUGCGCCGGGUCCCAUAGACACACCAAUGUUGAGUGCUAAUGAGGAGAGCGGUGCUGAGGGUACUGCUCCUUCUGUACCUCUAGGACGACUGGGGGAGGCAUCGGAAGUUGCCAAUGUCGUCGCUUUUCUACUAAGUGACGAGUCUCGAUACGUGGCAGGAGCAACUUGGGCGGUAGAUGGAGGGGCAAAUGCUUGA